UUCCCUGGCAAUAACCAGAAAGAAGCGAUGGAGGUAACUGGAUAGUUGCCUUUGGAGGGGAGAACAUUUUUAACCUGCAAGUGACCUUGCCGUUCUGAGAAAGGGAAAUGCAGUUAGAUCUGCCGAGCGGUUAGUGAGAACAGCAGCCUGCCCGUUCAGCUCCACGCAUGGUGAUCGAUGGAGAAGACCCUGCCCUGCCUGCCUUUGUAUGAGGAAGAAGCAUCAGGGCUGGACGUGCGACUCCACAGGAAUCAUGGUGUCAUGGAAAGGGAUUUACUUCAUACUUACUCUGUUUUGGGGAAGCUUUUUUGGAAGCAUCUUCAUGAUCGGUCCCUUUUUACCUCUGAUGGUUGUGAACCCAUCCUGGUAUCGCUGGAUCAACAACCGCCUCGUGGCAACCUGGCUCACGCUUCCCAUGGCAUUGCUGGAGACCAUAUUUGGUGUAAAAGUGACUAUAACAGGUGACGCGUUUAUUCCUGGAGAAAGAAGUGUCAUUAUCAUGAACCAUCGGACGAGAAUGGACUGGAUGUUCCUGUGGAACUGUCUGGUGAGGUAUAGCUACCUCAGGCUGGAGAAAGUGUGUCUCAAAGCCAGUCUCAAAAGUGUCCCUGGAUUUGGUUGGGCCAUGCAGGCUGCUGCCUAUAUCUUCAUUCACAGGAAAUGGAAGGAUGACAAGAGCCACUUUGAAGACAUGAUCGAUUACUUCUGUGACAUCCGUGAACCACUUCAACUCCUCAUAUUCCCAGAAGGGACUGAUCUCACGGAAAACAGCAAGGCUCGGAGUAAUGAUUUUGCUGAAAAGAAUGGACUUCAGAAAUAUGAGUAUGUCUUACAUCCAAGAACUACAGGCUUUACUUUUGUGGUAGAUCGUCUAAGAGAAGGCAGGAACCUCGAUGCCGUGCACGACAUCACGGUGGCCUACCCGCACAACAUCCCUCAGACGGAGAGGCACCUGCUGCAAGGGGACUUCCCCAGGGAGAUCCACUUCCACAUCCGCCGCUACCCUGUGGACACCCUGCCCGCGGCCAAGGAGGACCUGGAGGUCUGGUGCCACCAGCGGUGGGAGGAGAAGGAGGAGAGGCUGCGCUCCUUCUACCAAGGGGAGAAGGACUUUUACUUCACUGGACAGACCGUGAUUCCACCUUGCAAGUCUGAGCCCAGGGUCCUUGUGGUCAAAUGUCUCUCUAUCCUGUACUGGACCCUGUUCAGCCCUGCAAUGUGCCUCCUCAUCUAUCUGUACAGUUUUGUUCGGUGGUAUUUUGUCAUCACCAUUGUCAUCUUCGUGCUGCAAGAGAGAAUUUUUGGUGGACUGGAGAUCAUCGAACUUGCGUGUUACCGUCUUUUACACAAACAGUCACAGUUAAAUGCAAAUAAGGAUGAGUAAGAUCAGGUUCGCAGCGUGACAAGCUAGGGAGUACUUGGGAAGUGUAAGCCUUUGUAAACCAAGAUGGGUUUUUGCAUGACUACAUCAAAUAUUUCUUACUACCAUCAUUAUUUGUUAAAGAUAUUUUGCACUUAGUUUUGUGGGAAAAUACUGCUACACACGUUUUUUCCCUUAAAUCUCUUAAUGUAAUUUCAAUACGCAUAGCGGGGAGCAAUCGCUAUGACAUAAGUCGGGCCAGAGUAUUCUUAAACAAUCACCAGGCCGUUCACAGACGAGGCACACACAAGAUUUUCCCAGGGGCUCCAUCCCGUUUCCUCACCAACACCCAGCCCAGAGGCAGGUCUGGGCUCUGAGCACCAGCCCAGCUCAGAUGCUGGUGCUAGGCUGUCCGAGGCCAGGGUGAAGGCCCUCCUCCUGCGCCCUGGCCCCCUCAGCUCCGCCAUGCCAGUCAAACCAUCGCAUCCUUCCUUAAGACCAGAAACCAGACAUCUCUUGUCCUUAAACUGACUGAACGUUUUGACAGGAAGUCCACCUGUGCCCUGUUCUCACAUGAAAAAUGAGACCUGGACAUGUCUCGGGGCAGCCACGGGCUCCCACUUGGAAACCUUAGUUUGAACUUUUACAGGUAGGAAAUUAAUACAUUCUAGUUCUUCUACUUAAUCUCGCAUGCCUAGUGCUGGUGUCUUUAGGGCGUGUGGGCAGGUGUAGCCCCUUCUCUGUUAAAAACAGUAAAAACCACUUAACAUUUUUAAAGGAAAGCAUGGAACAUUCUGUUAUUGCAGUCAGAAACCCUCCUUUGAAGUUGUGUCUUUUGAAAUACUUCUGUGAAACCCGCCCGAGAAGGGAGGUGAAUAUGUUUUCUACGCGCGCGGUGCUCUCACUCCCACCGUGAAGGCGGCAACAGCCAAGCAGCAGCUCACCCUGGCCAGACCGCCCUUGCAGCCUCUGCAGUGUCCCCGUCCCUGCCCCCCCCCCAAGUAAACUGAUGUAAAAGCGGGUCCUUCUUUUCUAACAACAGGGCGCGAGUCUCACUGUUAGCCCCAGGCUUCCUCCUUCAAUAGUAAAAUUUAAACAUUUCCAACCAGUAGUUCACCUACAUGUUCCUGUUAGUUGGAGUCAGUGGAAAACCCAGCAAACCAACAGCACCGACCUCCUGCUGAGGCCCAGAAACCGGGGUCAGUUCCACCCUGCUGGGGGCCCCCCCGCACUGCUUUCUCGGUGACAGUAAUGAGGAUGCUGGUCAGAGCAGCAGAAAAUCCGAGGCCUUUAAAAGUCUUAGCUGUUAGCAAACUUGCCGGCGGUACCCCCACCUCACCCAGCCUCAGAGCCACUUCUGCUUCAUGCAGCGCUUUGGCGUGAACACCUUCCCCUGCGUUACAACUCAUUUUGCUCCACACUGACUUUGACCCCACAGCGAAACGCGCGUUAACAUGAGAGGUAAGCACUUUGUGAGCCAAACUUACCGGGCAGCUUCUUUCAGAAAGUGCUGUUUUCGGCAGUUGCUGUUCACACACGGCCCCUGUUGGAAGAGGACUAACUAGUGCUUCUACGCCCACGCACCAGCACCAGCUCACGGGUAGCUGCGGCCUGCGGGCUGUUUGCAAUCUUGCUGGGAGCUACUAAUCAGUUAUUGGGUACAUCUGCUGCAAACGCAGCUGUAGGACUAUAGGUUUCUUAGGGUGUCUUUUUUAUUUUAAUUUUUUCUGAAUAAAGGAGGUUUGUAAUUUAGGUUUCUCUCGGACCUCCUUUGGUUUUAUUUGGAAACACAGAACUAGUCCUAACACUCGGGAUUGUGUGUCCGGGACACGGGAGGAAAGCCGGGCCCCCGCCCUGCAGGUGUUCACGCUGCAGCCUGCCGCCCUCCCUGCAGCCCCACAGUUCGAGGUCUGUGUCCUCUUUAGCUGUCGGAGCUGGCACAAGGGAAAGCCUUUUCUUUUUAAAAAUGUUUUUUGACCAUGACAAACAUGUUUAAGAUAAAAUGCAAACUUUUUUUUACCUACCCCAAAUUCAUAAGCAGUGAUACUGGGGAAUAGAGAGAGCAUGUACUUCCUUAUAAGAAUUAGAAAUAAUGUCAAAAAGAAAAAAGAGUUGCUUAUAUGUUUUCCUACACGUGUACUUAUUUUUAAAAAACUGAAAGAAAUAAUGCAGUUCAUGAUGUGAAAGCUAUCUAAAGUCGAUAGGAAAAUAGCGGAAUUAAGUUAGCUUCAGCGUGGUCAUGGGCCUCGGCAGAGACCCCUCCAUACCUUCCUGGGCCACCGCUGCAGAAUCAGCAGGCGCGGGACACACACUCGACUCCCAUCAGGCCUUGGAAGGUCAGCUCAUUGCCCUGCGUGCGCCUGCUAAAUCUUGACCACGCAGGGACGUUUUAGAUACAGCGAGUGUGGUGGAUGUAGGACCAGAACCCCCUUACACUGAAAACAGGGCCCCGCGAGGAAGGGCACCAGACAUCUCUGAUGAAACAAGCCCCGGGGACCUGGAGAUUCGGUAGGAGAACAAACACGGUAAAAGACUAACUAGAGAAACAUGUGAUAGAGCCUCUAAUGUAAAACCCCUGCGAAAACCCUUCCCUGUUUGUUACACGGUUAAAACACAGAUGGGGGAAAUAGCAGCCUCCUCCCGAGUCACUGGGAAAUUGGUUCCUUCCGUAGCACCUCGCCAGAAGCUGCACGUGGGAGCCGAGCCCGGACUGCGCGCGCACGCCCGCACGACCACCACGCCCGCACGCUUCCAAUAGAGACUAAGUGGAGGGAACUUGAUGGUGUUCAAUUGUUUACAUUUCUUUAUAUAAAUAAUGCGCUUUCAGUGCCUUAGUUACAGGUCCCUUUCUUUUACUUGUUCCAAGAAUUCUGCAGCAUGUUUCUUAGGUAGAAGUCUCCUUGCUGCCCAUGGGGAGCAGCUCAUGGAUCGCCGGGCACUGCGGUAAACACCACUUUUGAUGCCAUUCGGAGAGGGGAGCACGGUGCUGAGGCAGCGGCCGCCUGAGCGCCAUUAGGUGUGCUGUCGAGAAUGCACGGGGUCUCAUCACCGGGGGUGGGGGGGCCUCAGACUGGAUAUGGCUGUGAAGUGGUCUGUGCCCAUCUUACAUUUUUACUUCGGAAGAGAAUCUUAGUUUUGGUAAUUUGUCUUUUAAAGGAUCAUUAUGUGCAAAACACCAAAUUUUAAAAAUAACUCACAGAAUGGCCUUAGUUUUCGGUGUCCACUGGUACGUUUGUGAGUUGUGCUAUCUGUAAUGUAAACCUCAGAAUAAAGUGGAGCCAACUGAA